AUGGGUUCGAAUCAUAUUUCGGAUAUACUAGUAUCGCAUGAAUAUAUGACUAUGGAACAACAACACCAAAUGCAUCAACAACAAAUCAACCCUAACAUGAAUCCUGAGAAUCCAAUAUCACCUAUUGAUUUACAGGACGGAUCAUCACGACCAGUACGACGAGCCAGUCAGAGGACUACACAGUUAAGCAAUAAUAAUUAUGAGAUGGAAAUGACAGAUUCAAGUUCACAGAGCGACGAUACAAGCGGAGGCGGCGGCAGCAGUAACGGUGGUAGUGCACGCCCAUCCAGCCGCGCUAGGAAUUCCUUAACAGGCUCCACACAAAGCCGGCGUAGGAAAGGCGUUCUCAAUGCAAAGGAGCGUAAUCUGCGGCGAUUGGAGUCAAAUGAGCGCGAACGYAUGAGAAUGCACAGCUUAAAUGACGCUUUUCAGUCGUUACGUGAAGUUAUUCCACACGUGGAAAUGGAGCGUCGUCUAUCUAAAAUUGAGACUUUAACUCUAGCGAAAAAYUACAUAAUAAAUUUAACGCACAUAAUUCUCUCGAAGCGCAAUGAAGAGUCAUCGUUGGAUUUGAAUGGUGUAAUUUUGAAUGGCGCCACUACYGAUCUAACCGGCAAUGGCGGUAUUGGCGGAGUUGGUGAUGUUGGACUCGGCGUUGGUGUUGGCGUUGGCAUUUUAAAUCUCAAUGCUGGUGGUGGCGGCAAUAGCUCUGGGCCUGGCCCUGGACCUGGGCCUGGACCCUGUUAUGAUGACGUUCUAACAAAUGGCACAAAUUCGUACGAUUGCGCCUUGGCUGCGGCAGAUGUGGUGAAUCAGCAACCUCGUCUAACCACCGCCACCACAACCAUACAAAUACAGAAUCAAAGUCUCAGCCAUAUGCAGCCACAAUUGUCGCAACAUCUAAUGCAAGCGAAUCACAAUCAAUUGAUGUUACAACAACCGACAACAACUACAUUAUUACUCAACAAUGGUUUUGAUGCGAGUGAUAACAAUAAUAGUUAUGAUGAACCUUUUCGAGAAUUUAUAUAA